AUGAAAAAGGCGAAGGCGAAGAAGCAGCGGGUGUCGGCGGUGGAGCUUCCACAAGACGCCGUCGUCGAGAUACUUUCCAGGUUACCCGUGAAAACCCUGUUACGAUUUAAAUGUGUUUGUAAACUGUGGAACUCUCUUAUUUCCGACCCCAAUUUUGUUCUGUCUACCUCCGGGAGGGAACGCAUAAUUGUGAGGAGUUAUUCAGAGCCGAUGAGUUUUUAUUCAAUAGAUGAUGAGUUUUCAGUGGUGAAGCUUCCAAUUCCACAUGUUGAAUAUUUAGAUGAUUCUGAUAAGUUUAAAUUCUUGGGUAGCUGUAAUGGUUUAGUACUCUUUCUUGCGGAUGAACAUUUAUAUUUAUGGAACCCGUUGACGAAUUCAUGUCGUUUAAUGCCUCAACUCAAUGAUUUGGUUGGCAAAUUGAAUUCACGUUAUCCCAUGUCUUGUGGAUUUUGUUUCGACAAGUCCUCUGAUGAUUACAAAGUGGUGACAGUAACUAUGGUACAUACUGGAGGUGGUAUAAACUCCUCCGUUUAUGUUGCUUCCUUAAAGGAGGGGAAAAUGCCAAUGGAAUUUAGUAUCCCUUAUAGAUUUUCUUACAGCUACCCUCAUGUUUUGGAGGAACAUUUACAUUGGAUAGUGAAGGAAAAGAUUGGUAGUGCACAGUUAAUUCUUUAUUUUGAUCAGGAGGCGAAUCAGUUUAGAGAAUUGUCUUUGCCAGACGACCAUGAAUAUGGUGAUGCAGUUUCUGUUUAUUAUUUUGGGUUUACUAUUCUAGAUGGAUGCCUUUGUAUCUCUCGCCAUUUAAACCAUGACGCAACUGAUGUCUUAAUAAUGAGAGAGUAUGGUGUUAAACAUUCUUGGACUAGGUUGUUCACUCUAAGAGGACAUUUUGUGCCCCUUCAUGCUAGAAUAUCAGAUAACCUUGCAUUGGUUACAGAUCACGAGUAUCUAUAUACGUACAAGUCACAAAAUAAGUACACAGGGAAAAUUAAAGGCCAAGCUGACCAGCAUCAUCAAAGAAGAUACUACUUGAGAAACAAAGCCUGCGAGAAGAUUAAAUAUGGAUCGGUUGCCCUGAAAAUUAAAGCUGAUCCUCUCAAGUACAUGGAAAGUUUGGCAUCUGUUGAUUCAAUAUAG